CCUACCCCUUUGGAGCUGCUGGCCACCUAUCGAGCUACCAUUCACUACAGUAGCUUGCUGAGCUUUUAGCGUUUGACUGGCGGGCAAGCCUAAGGUAUGAUCAUUGCCUCGAGGUCAUCAGUCAGUGUGUUCAGGCUUUUUGCUUCCCAUAAGAGCACCUCGAGGAUAUAUCAAGAUUUGAAAUCAUCCAGGUUGCAUACAGUCUCGAAUUUCAGUUUCGAUAAGUUGUCGAGUCGGUUUGGUAUUUUUCACAGUCCUUGCAAGUCUGGCACAAUGGAUUCUACAAAAAGACCCCAUGUUGGCAUUGUGGGAGCAGGCAUGGCGGGAUUGCGGAGCGCCGGCUAUCUACUCGAACUCGGCUUCCAAGUCACCAUUCUGGAGGCAAGAGACCGUCUCGGCGGAAGGAUAUACCAAGAAAAGCUCCCCAACGGCCAUUUUGUGGACAUGGGAGCGAAUUGGAUUCAUGGAACGAAAGAAAACUCCAUCUUUCAGCUCGCCAAGGAAACAGGCACUAUCGCGACGAACUGGGACGGCGACGCAGCAGUGUUUGACGAACACGGCGAUAUACUUCCAGCGAAGGAUAGCGAGAGGUAUUCCACGAUAAUGUGGAAUAUUAUUGCGGAGGCUUUUCAGUACUCGGACAAGCACAGUGCCGACAUUGACAGCAACCGAUCACUUUUGGAUUUCUUCAAAGAGAAAGUGGUAGAGCAGAUUCCGGAGACAGAAGAGGACUAUGCAAGGAAAAGGAAGAUUGUGCUCCAGAUGGCGGAAUUAUGGGGCGCAUUCGUGGGCAGUCCUGUUGAGAAACAGAGCCUCAAGUUCUUUUGGCUGGAGGAGUGUCUGGACGGAGAAAACCUCUUUUGCUCCGGCACCUACCGGAAAAUCAUGGAAAAGAUUGUAGCCCCCGUCGUGGAUGGCGGUGCCGAUAUCAAACUCCAAACCAGAGUCGCUGAAAUCUUUGGCAAGUCAAGCACAGGCAGCAGCAACACUGUCAAAGUCAAAACAUCCGACAACCAAUACUACGAGUUCGAAGAACUCGUCCUCACCACCCCUCUAGGCUGGCUCAAGCAAAACCUCCAGGUUUUCCACCCCCCGCUCCCUCCCCGCCUAACGACCGCCAUCCAAAGCAUCGGCUACGGCUGUCUCGAAAAAGUCUACAUCUCUUUUCCCAAAGCCUUUUGGCUCGAACCCGACGCCUACAACAACAACAACAACAACAACAGCAACAGCAACAAGAACAACCGCACAGUCAAAGGUUUCUGCCAAUGGCUCUCGCCCUCCUACGCCUCCGCGACCAAUCCCUCCCGCUGGACCAACGAGAUCGUCGAGCUCGGCUCCAUCGACCCAUCCGUCGCCCACCCGACUCUGCUUUUUUACAUCUACGGCGCCGAGUCCGAGUACGUAACCUCCAAGGUCAGCUCCCUUUCCUCUUCUUCUGCUCCCAGUUCCGAAUUCGAUGCCGAUAAGAACGGCUCCAGCCCCCGAGGCCAAAACGAAGCGACGGCGGCGGCACAACAAUUCCUCUACGACUUCUUCAAACCCUACUACUCCCUUCUCCCCUCCUACAGCCCCACCGACCCCAACUGCCAGCCGAGCGGGUGUCUAGCCACGGACUGGCUGCAUGAUGACCUGGCGGGUAACGGGAGCUACUGUAAUUUCCAGGUGGGACUGCAGGAAGGGGAUAAGGACAUUCUGGCCAUGAGACAUGGGGUGCCGGAGGAAGGGGUGUGGAUGGCGGGCGAACAUACGGCGACGUUUGUGGCGUUGGGGACGGUGACGGGGGCGUAUUGGAGUGGUGAGGAUGUGGCGAGACGGAUUGCGGAGGGGUAUGGGAGGGGGGGUGUUGCUGGUGCUGGUGCUGGUGCUGGUGCUGGUGCUGGUGCUGGUGCUGGUGCUGGGGAGAGGGAGGCGGCUGUUUGAUUUUGAGAUGAGGAUAAAAGGAAGGGUGUUGGGUGAAUGAAUGUGUAUGAUGGUUUGGAGAUGAGGUUCAGCCGGCAGGAGUUUUGGGAUAUGUUGUUUUGUGGUGACAGAUAGCGGUUCUUGUUAGUAGAUAUAUUCAAAGGUGGGAAAGUUGGGAAUACGGUUUCCGGGUGGCGGAUACACAAGAUAGGGUCUGAAAGAUCAUCCAUCUUUCGAUGGCGUUGCGGUGUUGCGGAAUCUGUGACACCUCGGGCGCUUGUGUGAUACCUAACCGUUGCCAAUCUGUGCGACGUUUGGACAUGGUAAUUAUUGUGUAUACUAGGCGGA